CCUUUGCAGCUCUUUUGGAACUAAAAAUUUGUAUUUUACUUGAUGUGGGAACAAAUCUUCACAAACCUCAGUAUAUCACUUGUGAAAAGAUUAGAUUACUAAUAAAAGAAAACCUUCUUAAUCCUUUAAUCGUAUCUCAAAAUUUUAAAUAUAAAAUAUCUAAUAUCUUAGACAAGCCAUCAGAAUCUGUUUUUGGUUAUAUCUUAGUACUUCCAGAUGCUUUUUCUACAUACUGA